AGGAUUCGGGGGCCGUCCCGGGCUGGGGGCCGCUCCCAGGAAAUGGGCUGAUGCCGGCGCCGUGCCAGCCCCGGCGAUCGGCGCGGCUCGGGCGGGAUGAGGCUCCCGGUGCCGCUCCCGGUGCCGCUCCCGGUGUCGCUGUGGCUGCCGCUCGCCCUGGCGGGGGCCGCGGUGGCCGCGGGGGCCGCGGGCCCGUCCCCGCUGCAGCGGCGCGUGGUGCGUGACGUGCUGGAAUAUUUCCACGGGCGCAGCAACGUCCAUUUCCUCUUCAGGGAGCGCGACGUGGACGGGGUCAUCGAGCGGGAGGAUCCCUCGGGGACCUUCGUGCAGCUGCGCCUGGGGCUGGCGCAGACGGCGUGUCGGAAACGGGCCCCGCAGCGGCACUGCCGGGCGCUGGAGAGCGGGCGCAAGCCCACCUGCCUGGCCUGCUACAAGUUCGACACCAGCGACGUCCCCAAGGUGCUGGACAAGUACCACAACUGCGGCCCGAGCCACCACCUGGCGGCCAAGGAGAUCCGCCAGCGGGACGAGGCCGAGUGCCGCGCGGUGGAGGCGGCGGGCGGCGGCGGGGACGGGCCGUACCUGCCCGGGAUGUUCGCGUUCUCGCGGGGGCUGCCGGCCUAGGGGGACCCCCGGGACCCCCGGGCGGGGGCGGGGAUCGGUCACAGCCCCGCCCCCGCCGUGUCCCCGCUCCGGGCGCCGCCGGACGCUGCUGCCACCGCCCUGUCCUGCGUGUCACCCCCAGCGCCGCGUGACCCACCAGGGUCCCGCGCGUGUCCCCCCCACAGCUGUGCCCGCCCCCCAAUAAACCCAGCGCUGGCUCCGCG